CAUGUAUCCUCUUAUCUUUUGUUCACAGUCAUAGACCACCCAUUUCUAACUUGAUCUCCUCUCCUUCGUCGAGAUCUGGUUUUCCGACGUAAAAAACCCAGGUUUCUCACCUGGGUUUAGUUUCUUUUCUGCAUUCCAGUUGCACUAUCUAUCUAGUUUCUUUCCUUUUUCCUUUUCUUUUCCGCAUUCCAGUUUUCAUAUUCUCUGGUUUUUCUUUUCUACAUUUGGGUUUCCUUCAUUUUACGUCGUACAUACAAUGCUGCUAGCAGAAGAAGCGGGAGACACGGAGAACCGGCACAUCCCAUCAGAAACGUGAUCUGUUUCUUUCUUUCUUACCUGAAGUUUGCCUUGUUCGAGGAUCAGCUUCAGAGUUGUUCAGCUUGAAAAUAUAGUGUUUCUACGUUCAGCCAACUUCGAGAACCGAACCCAGUCGGUUUUUACCGGACUAGAACCGGUUAAUUUACCCGGCAAUUUCUUUUACCGGCGACUGUGAUUGGUUGCAGUUCAACAGCUUUAUCACGUAUGGAGACGUCUACGGUUAUGUUGCUGGUCGCUGGCGUUGUAGCCUAUUUAUUUUGGUUCAGAUUCAUCUCACGGUCAUUAAAUGGUCCACGUGUCUGGCCCUUGUUGGGUAGCCUCCCGGGGCUGAUCGAGAACGCCGAUCGCAUGCACGAAUGGAUCGCCGAGAAUCUUCGAGCGUGUGGAGGGACAUACCAGACUUGCAUCUGCGCCAUCCCCUUUCUGGCGCGAAAGCAAGGUCUCGUGACGGUCACAUGCGAUCCGAAGAAUCUGGAGCACAUAUUGAAGACCCGAUUUGACAACUACCCAAAGGGUCCCACCUGGCAGGCUGUGUUCCAUGAUCUACUUGGUGAAGGGAUCUUCAAUUCGGAUGGAGACACGUGGCUGUUUCAGAGGAAGACCGCUGCUCUCGAGUUUACCACUCGGACGCUGCGCCAAGCCAUGGCUCGAUGGGUGAACCGAGCCAUCAAACUGAGGUUCUGUCCCAUUCUGAAGACGGCUCAGCUGGAAUCCAAGGCCGUCGAUCUGCAAGACCUCUUGCUUCGCCUCACCUUCGACAACAUCUGUGGUUUGGCGUUCGGUAAGGACCCGCAGACCUUAUCUCCUGGGCUGCCGGAGAACGGUUUCGCCACCGCCUUCGACCGAGCCACGGAGGCGUCGCUCCAGCGCUUUAUCUUCCCCGAGGUCAUAUGGAAGCUGAAGAAGUUGCUCCGGCUUGGCAUGGAAGUUACCUUGACUGAGAGCGUCGAACACGUAGAGGAGUACCUUUCCAGUGUGAUCAAGACACGAAAGCUGGAGCUACAGAGUCAGCACGAAGGAGGAACUCCACACGAUGACCUUCUCUCGAGGUUCAUGAAGAAGAAGGAAUCCUACUCGGAUGCAUUCCUACAGCACGUUGCACUCAACUUCAUCCUGGCCGGCCGUGACACAUCGUCCGUGGCCCUCAGCUGGUUCUUCUGGUUGCUGAUCCACCACCCGAAUGUGGAAGACAAGAUCUUACGUGAGAUCUGCACCGUUCUCAUGGAAACUCGUGGCGACAACCCGUCGAAGUGGGUAGACGAGCCCCUGGCGUUCGAGGAAGUUGACCGACUGGUCUACCUGAAAGCGGCACUGUCGGAGACCCUUCGGCUCUACCCAUCAGUGCCAGAGGAUUCGAAGCAUGUAAUCGCCGAUGACGUGCUUCCGGACGGCACUUUCGUUCCGGCGGGAUCGGCGAUCACGUAUUCUAUAUACUCUGCCGGCAGGAUGAAGUUCACGUGGGGAGAGGAUUGCCUGAAAUUCCGACCAGAAAGGUGGUUAUCACCGGACGAGAAGCAAUUCGAAGCACAACACCCAUUCAAGUUCGUAGCUUUUAAUGCCGGGCCCAGGAUUUGUCUAGGGAAGGACUUAGCUUAUCUGCAGAUGAAGUCGAUCGCGGCAGCGGUGUUGCUACGGCACCGGCUCACCGUAGCACCGGGGCACCGUGUGGAGCAAAAGAUGUCCUUGACGCUGUUCAUGAAGUACGGGCUGAAGGUUAACGUGCACGAAAGAGAUCUGACGGCCAUUGCCGCUUCUAUCCCGAAGGAGAAUACUGAGGAGAAGUUAUGGGGCCGGGUCGUAGACGGUAUGGCCGUUAACUGUAACGGCGGGACUCAAGCCGUAAGUGAUGGUCGCCGUGUUGGGCUAGAAAUGGUUGUUGAGGUAAAUUAGGGAGUGUAGGAAGUGUACAGUUAUUAUUAUUAUUAUUAUUAUUAUUAUUAUUAUUAUUAUUAUUAUUAUUAUUAUUAUUAUUAUUAUUGUUGUUAUUAUUAUUAUUAUUAUUAUUAUUGUUAUUAUUAUUAUUGUUAUUUGAAGAGAAAUAGUGUAUUUAUGGUUUAUGGAGGAGGAGAGAGAAUUGUUGAGGGAGAGGGAGGGUGGUGUAAUUUGUUAAAUGAAAAUGGGAGAUGUGAAAAUAGGUAAAGCAGGAUCCAUGAAGAAAAAAAAAAACUGUGAAAAAGGAAAAAAAAAAAAGAAGAAAUUGUGGCUGAAUUGAUUUUUAUUACAGGGAUUGCUGAUAAAAAAAGGCACGGGAUUGGGUCUCUGUAGAUCAUGGGAGGCAUCAGCUCUGCCUUUUCUUUACUAUAUAAACAUCGAAUUUAUGUUUUUAUUUAAUUUGUUUGGCUUUUUUUUUUAUUGUCUCUGUUUGAAUGGGAGCAUAAUUUAUGAAAAAAUAGAAGGAAUGUUAAAAAAUCACUAUUUUCACAACCAUUUUACAUGCAACCAUGCAAUGUAAAAACUAAAAAGCAAUUUCCAAAAAAACAAUGAUUUGUUUUCCUUUUGCUUGCAACCAAACAGAAUUCAAUCACUAAUUUCUUUUUGAUAGAAAUAUAAUGAUUAAUUUCAUUAUAAUAUAUAUAUUAAAUAUUUGGGCUACUAGGAAUAAAUAAAGCAUACGCAUUUAAUGGUGUAGAUUCCAUUUCUUUUUGGUAGAAAUGGUGUAAAUGUCAUUGGAGGGAUACUAUUUCUUGGACCAUGUCACCCUCUUCUUUUUUAUUCUAUUUGAAAUUGAAAUAUGUUUUGAAUAGGCUAAGCAAAUUAAGCUUAUCACCAAAUGAUUUUUAAGCUUUGAUGCAGCAA